AUGCAGUCGCCAGCACCGGCCCCAGCACCUGGGGACCUUGCUUCACAGUCGCUGCUGUCCCGGCUGACGAUGCGCCCGCUCAAGGCUCUCUGCGCAACGCACGGCGUCGAUCACGGUCUAGCUGGCAAACGAAAGGACGUGCUCGUUGACCGCCUGCAAAAGAUCCGGAAGGUGACGGUUGGCGAGUGUGAGGCGCUCCUCCCGACCGCCGCUGCGAACCGCCCGGCAGGCGGCGCGGGCAAGGGCGCCGGCAGGGCCAAGGCGGAUGCAACAAUGCGCACUCGGCUCGAGGCUUACUUUGCGUCGGGCGGAGACGAACUAAAGUGCUCCGCAUGCCGGCGGCCGCUUAGCAGAGUGCAGGAGCUCCGGCCUCCGCACGGACACGGCGUCUUCCUGAACGUCUCGUGCGGCUUCUUCCCGCAGUGCAAGCGGACGCACAAGCUGCGCGAAAUCUACCUCCUCUACAAGCGGCUGCUCUCUCCGAGGAUCGUCUUCGAGGCGGUCAGCCUGCGCGGCAUCCUCGGCGCGGAGCGCGACGCCUUCUCGGUGAGCGUGGACGCGAGCAAUGCGCUCGGCGUCGCGCUGCUCGAUGAGCUCGUCCAGCGAGCCGACCUCGCGCCGCUCGCGCAGCGGCCAGACACUGCCGACGAGGCGUCCCUCGUCUCCGGCACCUGCGGCAGGCGGGGGGUCCUCUUUCUGCUUUCGGACUACGCCGCGGUGCACGCGGCGGCCGUGGAGCUGCUGGUUGCGCGCAGGAGCGAGGCGGCGCCUGCGAGUGGCGGCGGCGGUGGCGGCGGCACCGAGGAGCCCUUCAAGCUCGUUGGCCUGCCUGAGAGCGACGGGCAGCUCUCUCUCUUCCUUCACGCGGCGGGCGUGAGCGACAGCGCUGCCUCGGGAGGGGCCGGGACCUCGGGAGGGGCCGGGACUUCGGGAGCCGGGACCUCCGACGAGGCUGCCUCGGCCAGCGAGCUCGCCGCUGGGUGGCGUGGGGAGGACGAGGCGCUCGCUCUCGCAGGCGAGCGGCGGCUGCGCGAGUGCGGCGUCUGGUGGCGACUCCGGUCGUACCAGCGCGAGGGCGUCCGGCGCAGCCUGCAGAUGGGCGGCACGCUGCUGCUCUGUGACGAGAUGGGGCUCGGCAAGACGCUGACCGCGCUAGCGACGGUGGUCGCACUCGACGCGUGGCCUUGCCUCGCCAUCGUGCCAGCCGUCACGCGGCGGGGGUGGGCGUGCGAGGUCGAGCGAUGGCUCACCGGCGUGUUGGGGCCAUCCGACGUCCACAUUGUCUACGACCAGUUCGACGCCUUGGACCCGAGCCGCCCCAUCCCCAAGCUCGCGCACGUCCUGGCGACGGCGGCGGUCCGCCAGGACGCCGAGCAGACCACCUCGCUCAUGGCCCUGCUGCAGAGCGUCCCCCGGCGGCUGCUGCUCACCGGCACGCCCGCGACGAGCCGCCUCUUCGACUCUUUCAACCUAUUCCAGGUGCUGCGGCCAGGCCUGCUCGCCGCGAAUAAGUACGAGUACAAGGCGCGCUUCUUCGACGGCGCCUCGUCGUCGGCGGCGCUCAAGUACCCGAAGCAGCUUCCACUGCUCGUGCACAGAUUCCUGAUGGUGCGGCGCACGAAGAGGCAGGUGAUGGACGACCUCCCGCACCGGCUCGAUGAGCAAGUUGACUUGCCGCUCGCCCUCGGCCACGCAAGGGAGGCGAUCCGCGCGUUUGGAGCGGCGCCCCUGCCGCCGGACGACUUGGCGCGCGCCGAGGGCGGCGACGCCGACGACAGCGCCCCCGACAGCCUGGAGGCUGCUGGCGUGAAGGCGAAGGCUCACCGCCUCGGCUUGCUCAAGGCCGUGGCCCUCUCCGAGCCGGAGUCUUGGCUGCACGCGCGGCUCCGCACCCUCGCCACGGCGGCGGCAGACGCGCGGCAGAGGGGCGAGCGGCCGCGCAAGCUCGUCGUCUUUGCGCACCACGAGAGGGUGAUGGACCUUCUCGAGAAGACCAUCGGCGAGCGACUCGCGGACGCCGCCACGCCGGCCAGCGGGGGUGGCGACGGCGAGUCGGCGCCGUGGCAUGGCGUGCGCAUCGAUGGCAGCCAUUCGGGCGUGGCGAAGAACGCGCUCCUGGACGCAUUUCGCGACAACGACUCUUGCUUGGCGGCACUGCUCUCGAUCAAGGCUUGCGGGACGGGCGUGGACGGGCUGCAGCACACGGCGGACCACGCCGUCUUCGUCGAGCUGCAAGAGACGUAUGCCCUCGCCCACCAGGCAGCCGCUCGGCUGCACCGCUCGGGGCAGACGCAACGUGUAUUCAGCGGCGCCGUGCAGCAGUCGGCGAGCGGCAGCUAUACACAGACGGCGGCGGCGCGGGACGAUCCGUCGGGAAACGGGCUGCCGCCACCGCCGCUCGCGCCGCCGAGCGCCGCCGAGCUGGAGGCGCUUCACUUCGGCGUCUCGCCGCACACGAGGUACGUGCACGUCUUCGCCUCGUCGACGAGCGACGUGUCGAUGGCGGCCUUCCCUCCGCACGAGCUGGCCCUCGACGGGGACAGCUGCGCGACGACCCGUCGCGAGGUGCUGCGCCGCGCUGCGUCCGCCUUUCUGCGGUCGUGGGAAGCGCAGCCGGCGCACUGUCGGCCCUUUGCGGAGCUGCCGUGCACUCUCGCCUCGCUCCCGCAGCAGUGUGAGGGGCUGCGGCAGGUAAUCAACGAGGGCCGCGCACACAGCCGACAGCGCCACGCGCCGCGGUCUGCGCCGAGCGAGCGCGAGCAGGCGAGCCUGCCUGCCAGCGCCGUCUGGAUACCGGCGGCGGUGCGCGAGUGCCGGACGGGCACCUUCGAGGUGCGUGUGCACUGGCAGCCGUUUGACCCGUCGUGCGGCAGCCUGCUCUGCGCCAACAGCGCGUGCUUCCGUCCGCUCGGUGGGGCGAGGCUCGCCGAGCGUGGGCGGACGCCACAUCCGCUGCCCGACCCGCUGCCUGAGCGCGCCAGGCUGGAGUGGCGCACGGAGCACGAGAGCUCCCUCGGGCUCGUCUGCGGAGGGUCAUGCCUCAAGGCGCACCAGCUCGCGCGGGACCCGGCGUCGGUGCGGAGGGCUCACGUCAAGCUGAGCGGCUCGGUCUUCUGCCAGCACUGCGGGGUGGACUUGCUCGCCCUCGUAGCGCAGCUCAAGGGCCUGCCGAGCGAGGAGGCGCGCCGUGCUCUGCUUCUCGCGCGCCUGCCGCACCUCGCGCGCUGGCCGGGCAAGCUCGACCGCGCCGCGACGGAGCCGAGCGAGGGGCGCCUCUGGGAAGCGGACCACCGGAGGGAGGUGCGCGAUGGCGGCGGGGAAGCCGCGAGCGAGGGCGCCUUCGACCCGCUCUGCGUCGGCUGCCACCAGCGAAAGACCAACGCGACGACGCGCGGGCGAGGCGACGACGAGGCGGUGCGGCUGCGCGGCUUCUCCUUUCGAGGGGCGGCCGAGGGCAGCGAGGCGGGCAAUCGCAAAGGCGCGGCGAGCGGCGCACCUCGCAAGCGCAGGGCGUCUGUCUCGCCGUCGGGCGCGGCGGCUGGACCCGCGGCGGCCUCGGCGACGGCCGGUGAGGCGGGCGCGGUGCGCGGUGAGCCAUCGGCAGCUGGGCAGCCAUCGGCAGCUGGGCGUCCCAGCGCGGGGAGCGACAGCGAAGCGACCAUAGCCGACGACAGCGACGCAACGAUAGCCGACGAGAGCGACACGACUGUAGCCGGCUCGACGAGCAUCGGGGAGCGCGGUGCGGCGCAGGCUGACUCGGACUCUGAGAUGUCACUGUUGGAAGAGGCUUGCUCUCGGGCCGCACCGCCGCCGAUGCCGGUGCCAGCGCCAGCAGUUGCGUUGGAGGCGCCGGCCGUCUGCUGGGAGGUGGAGCUCUCUGGACGGUUUCAGGCCUAUGGAUCCGAGCAGCAGUUUGCCCUCGAGACGGCACAUCAGCGUGGCGACGACGUGGCAUCCAUCAGCGUGCGCGGGACGGUGUACGAGGUACGCUUGCGAGGCGAACAGCGGCAACGAGGCUUGGGCGCCGACGCUUGGCGCAGUCGAAGGGUGCGGCGCAGAGUGAGCUGA